AGUUCGUAGCGUUUGAAGGAAACUCAGCGACUUCCCCUCCUUGGGUUUCUUUUUGCCGCGUGCGUCUGUGAGGGAAAUCAAAACAGUGCGAAUACUUCUGCGCGGUGCUUUCUUCUAUUCCUCCAGUUAUUCGCCUGCGACGAAGGUAAUCGCCUUGGCUGGGACAUUUUUUCUUUUGUCUUCUGUGUGGCCUCCCUCCACCGGUGUCGCCCUUUCGAUCCGCAGCCCCCAUCGUCCGUUACCUCCCCCGCACCCUCCGCGCUGCGUUCCUGCUUUGGCGGUUGAAACGUGCGCUGAACCACUUUGAGUCACCGGCUUUUGUCUUGUCUGCGUUUCUACUCCCCGCUUUCGUUUCGAAAAGAAAAAGAACACCUUUGUCGGUCUCUGCUUCUCUUGUCUUCUCCAUCGCCGCCACACAGAAGGUUUCUCCUCUGCCAUCGCCACCCGUUAAAGAAGCGGCACCACGACAAGCCUUUCCCUUAUCGGCUAUGGCGGCUUCGAUCCCCAACGAGCGCGCCGAGGGCACCUCCCCGCUGUCCGGCCGCACCCCACACGCGUCCUUUGCGGAUGAAGCGGCGGUGGCUGCCGACCUUUUCGAUCUCGCCGCUCCGCCCCUGCAGCAGCCCGUCGUUGCCCGUCUCGUGCCCAUCUACGCGGGGCUGCCCACACUGGAGCUGCACCAGGAUAGCGGCACCGUUGUCGUCGGACGCGGCAAGGAGCUGAGCGAGGACCACCGCAUCGAGGGCUGCGACAAGCUCUCCGCGAGGCACUGCGAGUUGAUUGUUGACCCGAUCACGCUGCGCGUUGAGCUGCGCGACGUCUCCACCAACGGCACCUUCGUGAACGACGUGCGUGUGACCAAGAAUGAGCCAGUGGAGCUGCAGAACGGCGACACAGUUGCCCUGACGCGUCCGGCGGCGGCGGCGGCCGAUGGGGCGGCGAGUGCAGAAAACAUCGCUGCGACGGACAUCGCUUCAAACGGCCGUGCGGUGUUCGUUGUGCAGCGCCUGAGGAGCGAGACGACGAAGGCAAACAUGCUGAAGGAGCUGACCUGCUCGAUCUGCUGCGCCGUCUUUCACAGGCCCUGUUCGGUGCUGCCGUGCAUGCAUGUCUUCUGUGCCGGCUGCAUCAGCAAGUGGCUGCAGGAGGGAGCGCACCGCAACUGCCCGGAGUGCCGCGCGGCCAUGACGGAUGUGCGGCCCACGCACCGGCUGCAGAGCUGUGCCGAUCAAUUUGUGCUGUCCGACCCUGCCAGCCGACGCACGGCGGAGGACGUGGCGCAGCUCGAUGCCGCCGACACGAUCCCGCCGAGCGGGCUAAAGCUUGGCAAACGGCAGCGCCCCAGCGACAGUGACGGCGGUGAGUCGGAGAACGAAGACGACGGCGACGACAGCAGCGACGCCUCCGGCAACAACGGCGACGCAACGCGUCUGGUGCGGCACGCCGGGCUGCGGUACGCGCCGUCCAUCCCACUUACCGCGGCGCACUGCGCAGAGUGCGACACGCCGAGCCCGAUCGACGGCUUUCAAUGCCCGGUCGGCGGUCCCCACCUUCGCUGCGGCGCCUGCGCGGUGCCCUUUGCGGAGCGCCCGCUCUGCGGCCGGCCGCAGCGGUGCCAUGUGUGCAACGGCGCGUUCUGCCACCUCUACCGCGCCGGUGGGUGCAGCGCAGCGGACCAGCUGCAUUUUAAACCGUACAAGGAGCACACCGCUGUAGAAGUGCUGCCCGCGCAGGCCUUCGGGGGCAACGUCAUCGAGCAGAGCAUCCUCUCCACGUACUUGGCUGCACACCACAUCUUAGUGAAGGACGUCUGGGCAGAGACGCUUGUUAAGUUUGAAAGGGGCGAGUCGGUGCCGAACAUGGUGUUGAUCAACGGUGUUAUGAGCGCUGACUCGGCGGUGUGCCAGCGCUGUGCGGCGAGGGUGUUUGCAGAGCUGCUCUUCCACUACCGCCGCGGUAUUCCUUCAGACGACCUCCCGGAGUCGGUGACGAGGCGCUCGAACUGCUGGUACGGCAAGGAAUGCCGCACCCAGUUUCACAAGCCGCAGCACGCACAGAACUUUAACCACGUUUGUUAUCAGGAGAAACGAAAGGAGUGA